GCAGCAGAAGCGGUAGCAGCGGCGGCGGCGGCGUUACCGCGGCACGCGAUGGAGAUCUCCGCUGUGCACGUAAGAGCGCCUGUUCGCCGCGCAGCGCGCCAGAGCCGAGGGUGACAGGGAUGCUGCUUGAGUGAGGUGUGUGUUUGUGUGUGUGUGUGCGUGUGUUGCAUGUGUGUUGUAGAGGAGGGAGAGAGAGAGAGAGAGACACGGGAAGACAGGAGGACCAGGAAGAGGGAAGGAAGGAGAGAGGAGAGAGGAGGAGGAGGAGGAGGAGGAGGAGGAGGAGGAGGAGGGGGACGACUUAAACGCAACAGCAAUCAAAGGGGGCUUUGAAAGCAUCACUUUUCUUCCCCGUUCUUCCUGUUUCUUUUUCUUUUUUUCCGGCUGGUAAUCCGAGUGUUCAGUGUUUUGCCGAUGUGCCACAACUCCUCCAGCAGCUUCCCCUCUUGCUGCUCGGCGGCGGCUGCCGGGGACAGCCCCGUUCCUGGCCACGCGCAGCCCGGACGCCCCCUGAGCGUAUGGAUGACGGCGGUUCUUCGGAGGGGAUCUCUUCUUCUUCUUCUUCUUCUUCUACUUCUUCUUCUUCAGCUCUCUCGCCCGCUACCUCCCCUGAUCUGGCUCUCAAGGUAACAUGGUGAGCAAGGAGGACGGCCCACGCUUGGUCAUCUCCAGCUCCCACUCGGAGUCCGACUCGGACAACGCCGCGUCGCAGCAGAGCUUCGAGGCGCCCUGCGGCCCCCGGCCCGGCGACCGGCGCGUCCGCAAGCGCCACAGGGCCCUCCAGGUGCGCUUCAAGGACAUCUGCGACGCCCAGAAGGAGCGCCGCGCCCGGCGCUCCAGGUCCAUCUCCUGUAAGGUGACGCACCGGAGGCACGCCACCAUGCCCUCGCGACGCUCCAUCCCCAACGUGACCCGGAGCACGGGCGUGCAGACGUCGCCGCGCGUCGACCUGCGCUACAAGACCUUCCCCUUCGAGCGGAGGAGGGGCCACACGUUCAAACACGCCGCCGUGGUGGAGACCCACCGGGAGCAGAACAACGGGUUCCUGAGCGACCUGCGGGGGGCGGGGCCGCCGGGCUCCCCGUGCGGGGGGAAGACCGUGGGGCAGACCAAAGCGCUGCUGCAUCACACCGACGACAGCAGCGGCACCGAGGACCUGCUGUCUGGCGCUCACUCUGCAGACGGACCCCUGUGCUCCGACCCCCCGAUAGAGCCCGGUUCCCUUCCGUGCAGCCCUCCGGCGUGGAAAGAGGAGCCGGAGUACCAGGUGUGCGGCCCCAGAAGAUCCCGGUCUAAAGGAUUACCCAAGGAGGAGACGGGGGCUGGUGGUGGUGGUGGUGGUGGUGUCGGUGGUGGUGGUGGAGGUGGUGGUGGUGGUGGCGGGGGAUCCUCCACUGAUCACCGGUUUACCACCUCCGGCGGGGACAUUUCUCAGGACACGGGGUCAAAGGGCAUGGGGUCCGGCGGUUGGAGCUCCCUGACGCAGGUGGAGUCGCUGGGGAGCCCGUCGGCUUGCUGCAAGCGGAAAAAGGGCUCACAUCCGAACGGGCAGCAGUCGCAGACACUGCCCCACAAUGCCAAGUGUUCGGGUCGCUCCCUGGACCCCUGCCGGACCCGGCACGCGUCCGCCUCUUCUAAGCUCCAGCACACGGAGAGCGCAGGGGACCAGGGCUCGCUUCUUGGACAGUCGCAGGGGCCCCGUUUGGGGGCCAGCCAGCCCAUUACGCCCUCGUCGUCCGGGGAUAAGGAUAUCAAAGCACAGCUCCAGGCUAUGGAGAACCUCAUCAACUCCAGCCAGGAGACCAUUAAAGUCCUGCUGGGAGUCAUCCAGGAGCUGGAGAAGGGAGAGGCUCUGAGAGAAGGGCUCACGUACCGAACGGGACAGGACACGGCAAACUGUGACACGUGUCGAAAUAGCGCGUGCAUCAUAUACAGUGUGGAGCUGGACUUCAAGCAACAGGAGGAGAAACUUCUGCCCCUGAUGAAGAGGCUGUUCCCCCAGGACAGCCCCCAGUGCCCCACCCUGCCUUACCCCCACGAGGUCUUCACCUCGACCCCCAAGCGCAGGACCAAGACGGAGUCCAAGAAACACGCUCGCUGGAAACUCUGGUUCCUCUAGCCACGGUUACUUCCGAUUUUGUUUGCUGGGGAUGCGCACUUUUCGGAUUACCAUAGCGGUGUGAUUUGAAAGGAGAUCCAGGCAAGGGAAAAGCAGAGAUAGAAGCAGAUGGAUUGGAUUAAUCAACAGGUUUAUGGCACCCCCUUUGGAACGGAAAAGCAGACGUAAAUAACGGUAGACAUUAUCAAUUACAAAAAUAAUAACAUUUAAAUCGUGAUUUGGUAUUAACGUUGGAGGAUGGAGGUGAGUUUGGGGAAACUGCGAAGUCGGAGAGAUCAUGUCAUUCUUCAUUUUCCGGGAAACCUCGUUGUCUGGGUCCAACCCACCUCACACCCCCAGAAUAUUGCUCAACUACAAGGAGGUGCUGUUUCAUGAAGGGCCCUUUUGUUUCUUCUCAAGCGACGCUACAAACGUUAAACGGACUCUGGCCUCGGCUCUCGGCUAAAGCACAACCAGCUCGCACUCCGUCGAGGGGACGGUGGAUAUGAGGACCUGAUAGAGCGGAGCGCGUGGCAGUGGGUUGUGUGUCAGCGCUUUUCCACGUCCUUACAGUUGACAUUCGUCUGCUCUACCUCUUUGUUUCAUAUUUUGGUUGGGUAUAUAUCUGUCUCAUUUUUGGUUAAUUGUGCAUCAGAUCACUCGUGUCUUAAAUGUUCUGUCCAUGUAGUGCUAUAUGAUUCCUAUUUACCAUCCAAACCAUUCUGCUGCAUACAUUUUUUGUUUAGUAUUUGGCAUUUUUUGGUAUUGAUAUUCAUUCGAUAUUAUAGUCCAUAUUUGCAUUCAAGUCGACACUCACAAUAUAAAAGUUCAAAUAGAUGAGAGAAAGUGCUGAAAGUCUAAAAUAUUUUGUCAAUUGUUCAGAAAGAUGGCGUUCUCGGGGGCAUCAAGGAAGUGCCCUGAAUUCACAUUAAAUGCCCCCCAGUUGUGUAACAAGAACCAAUACGACAACGACUCGAUGUGAUCAAGUCCUCACUGUCAACCAUCUCUAGACUGAAAGCUGUGAUGUAAAUUGUUUUCUAGAAAUUCUU